CAUUCAAUAUUUGAGGGUCGAGGGUAAGACCGGGAAACGUUGAUCGGAAAACACAUGCAACUUCGGGUGCGUCCGAUCAGUUUCGUUAGACCCGUGAUGUGAAUGGAAUGCUUACUGAAAAAUGAAGUCAGUUUUUCUUGAUCGUGAGUCUGAAAGACAGGGACAAAAUGCUGUUUUAAAAACUGAUGUUCCAGUCCCUGAGCCAGCUGAUGGUCAAGUAUUAAUCCAAGUCAGAGCUUGUGGCUUGUCACCUGUAAGACUUGAUGUCAUUCGGGAGUUACAGCUGGACACACAAUGUCUGCCAAUCGGUAGAGAAGUUGCAGGAGUGGUCACCAAAAUUGGCGGAGGGGUGACAAGAUGCAAAGUUGGAGAUGAAGUUGCUGGUGUGCUUCCGGUGGACAGCAUUUGCUCUGGAUGUGCAGAGUAUUGCGUGGCUAGCGAUCAUGACAUAGUGAUCAAGCCAAUGCGAGUGAGUUUCCAUGAUGCAGCAGCAGGUAUAGGAGAUGCAGUGAGAGCGUUCACAGUCCUGCAUUACCUGGCCAGAGUAUGUGCUGGGGACACAGUGCUAGUCAUCAAUGGAGCCAGGUCAAGUGGAACAAUCACUAUCCAACUAGCCCAGCAUUGGGGAGCCAAGGUGUUGGCCACUGCCUCCUCAAAGGAAGAAAGCAUCUUCCUAGAAAGUUUCAAGCCUGAACUUGCCCAAGUGAUAGAGACGGACCAAAGCAAGAAGUACGCUCUGAUCCAGCAGUGUAUCGAAGAGACAGGUGGGCUAGGUGUGGACUGCAUCAUUGACGAUGGAGUGAGUAUGUUUCCCAAAGAUGAGGAGGACCCUGCACUCAGUCCAAGGAAGCAGAAGAAAUUACGCACCCUCCCUACCAAACAUGAGGUCAUCUCAGCCCUAGGGGUAGGGGGUAGAUGGGUCACAUCACAGACUGAUCUACAGAUUGAUCCUCCUGAUUCUCAGCUACUUCACAUGAGGUGUGCCAGUGUGUCUUACCUCAACGAAGCUGUCUGGAACCUCUCCUGUGGUCAGUUGGGACGUUAUCUUCACAUUCUUCAAAGUGCUAUUGAUAAACUUGCAGAUGGGGUUCUAAGACCAAACAUUGCCAGCUGCAUCAGCUUGGAUGAGGCGUGCCAGGCCUAUAGUAAACUCCCUUCACAGACGAUUGGCAAGACUGUUGUGGAAAUAAGCCACUGUCCUUGAUAACAUCUGACAGCUGUUGCAGUCCACCGAGAGAGAUAUAUCGCCAAGUGAAGCUGCACUUCAAAAUCAUUCAGAAAUAAUGCAUACGGUGAUGGUUUUUAGCUGUCAGAAUGUUCAAGCAUGCAACUUGGACUUCGACAAAAACAAGGAAAUUCCAAUCUUUACAAGACUUUGUAGUGCUUUUCAAGUUUCAAUGGCAUGAGUGUGAAGCGAAACAAGGAAAUCAGCUGAUCCAAGGGAAAGUUGCAAGCCUGAAUGUACCUGUCCAGUAGAAUUUGGCUCCUCAAAUAAAAAAAUUGUGCAAAGUGCAAAUGCAGCUCUUCAAAAUAGGAAUAGGCAGCUAGGUCUCGGGACAGGUUGAUGUAUAAACAUUCACCCUCCAGGAAAUCCUAGAACCUUGUUGGGCUUGAUAUGGUUUAAGUUACUUGCUGUUUCUGGAUUAUACAUGGAAAGAGAACCCCUCCCCCAACAGAAGAAAAGUCACUCAGUACAUUGUCAUUUUGUUUUAUUUCCUUGGUUAGUUUUUGUAAUGAAAACAAUAAAUUUUGGCAGUAUGUCAUGCACAAAGAUAUUACAAUGGUCUUUAUUAAAUGUACAUUUAACAAAACCGUGAAAAUUCAACAAAAAAAUGAAACUAGUGAUACACUUGGUCUCUAGAAGGUGGCAAAACAUCAAGUAUUUACAAAAAAUGCAGUUACAACGUAAAAUGAGCACAACUGUACAGACAUGCUAUCAAUUACACACACCUAACAUGCACAGAUAUUAAAUUAAUUCUAGCAUCAACGUACAAACUUUGCAAUUAAAAAUACUUCUGAAUUUUCACGAACUAAUAACUAGGAACCCUAUUGUUAGCACAGCCAACAAAUAUACAGGGUGUUGAAGAAAAGUAGACAUAUGUCCUUACUAUAAUUUUAGCAGUUUUUUCCUUAAACAUGCUCCGUUUUAAUAUACAUUGAUGCAGUAAUAUACUGUACAUUCCUGAUCACACUCAACGACUCUUGGCCUUGAAUAAAAAGGCAACACUGGAGGACACGGCUCUUACAAGAGAUCAUUGUGAUUCCUGCAGACAUCUCUAAGAAAGAGAAACGUUUCUUAAAUAUGAAAUGGCCAGGCCCAAGAAUGGACAAUAAACUGAGUUGCUAUGUGGGGGUGGGGACUGACAAGUGUUCCUCCCCCCUCUCCCCAUGCCAAUGUUCUGGGCCCAGAGAGAGCAUUUCAGGAUUCUACAAACAGCAAAAUUGUACACUGUGUCAAGUGAUUUCUAUCAGCUUCUGGUCUGCACCAAGAACUCUGAACAAGUGCUGGUUCUAGAUUUCAUAGAUGAACAAUGAUUAAUUAGAAUUGUUCAGACAUUUGGUGACUAACAUACUGCUCCUUUUUACCAGGUCUGAGUAUGUGCAUGUUGUACUGAGCGUGUGUGCAUAGUUCUGAGCAUGCACAAUACCUUGAGUAAGGACCAGUGUGUUUGCUGCCACCAGUGUCUCAAAGUCUCUCAUUGGUGUUAACUUCUGUAUUUUCAAAUACAAACUUGUGAACCCAUUGUAAAAAACAGAGAUGAGAUUGAGACAGUGGUACACAUGGAAAUCUCAUUACGUGUACAUCAUCGUUAUCUGAUAUGCAAUACUUAUUCAUAUACAACGAAAAACUUGGUUUUUCCCAAACUUGCCAAUCAUUCCGUGGAAUUUCAAUGUGCUUUGAUUUCCAAAAAAAAAUUUGUAAUUCACUUGUUUGCCACUGCACCGAGACAAAGGAAAAUGGGAUUUCCUUCCUACACUUCAAAAUGGAUUGGACCAGAUUUCCUCAGAUGCUUGUAAAUGUGAGCAAUCCUGAACUAUAACCUUGAACUAUCUCCUUUUCAUUUCUUAAUGAAGUGAUCUUGCAUACAAACAUUUGUAUUUGAUAAUCAUAUAUUAUGAUUUGUGUAAGCACUCGAAAAUUGCUGACCAUUUGAUCAGAGCAAAUCCUAUGCUACGACCCAGGAAGUUUCUGUAGUCAUGCAAACAAACUGCCAUUUCAUUUGCUACUGUAGGUGAAGGGACUGUGCUCUAAGUGCAUGACUGCUUCAUUCUUGCUGAAUUGUGUCCCCAUUCCAAUUUUUUUAUUGAACCAAAAUGAACUUUAAUAACUGAAUCAGAUCAGCAAAUGGCUUCCUUGCAAAGCUCAAAUCAUUUUGAAAUUAAUUCCAACUGUUCCUUGAACUUUACGUGACCUAGAAAGUAAUGCAGCCUGCGUCCAACAAACAAGGGGAUCCACCCUGAAAAUUUCAACAAAGCCAUCACUUAUUUCCUUGUACUGCAUGUCCCAGAACUUUCAUUUUCAUUUGUAUUGGAACAAGUCUCUGUGAAAGUGAUGAAAAAUGAGGGAAAAAUUUUGAGGAUUGUUGAGGUUAUUUUAAAGAAAGUUCAAGGGAACAUAAACUGCAUUGUUUUACAACUGGUUGCAACGUACAUGCGAUGAUAGAACCAGGAAAUAAAAGCUUUUCUUGAUAA